UGGACAAUAUUAUCCAAUAAAACUCUGAUUUAACACUGGUCUUUACAAUCUAACUCCAGAUUUUUUAGUUUUUGCCAUUUCUGAGAGAGAAGAGAGAAAAAAGCUUUUUUCUUUGUAGUGCUUAACAUAUAUCUCUAUGACAAAUGACAAAAGUAAAGCUGGUUCAACUGGAAGAUUUUCAGCUACCAGAGACUUUGACCCUAAACAACAGUCUUUUAGAAAUUUUUGCAACCGUCUUCGCGCCAAGGCUAAUUCGCAACCCACUUCGUCAGAUUCAGGUACAUUACCACCAGCUGUCGAAGAACAAGUAACAGCUGAGGAUUUAAAUACGAAUACUGAAGCUGCCUUUGAUCGUAUAAAUAUUGAAGAAACUGAACAUGACAUUUCACUCGACGACCAUGUUGAUUCAGUUGAAACAGAGGAAGUCGAAGAAAACGAGGUUGAAGACUUUAUAACCGACAUUCUUCCUCGAGGUAGUGAAAAGAUUCAAGCCAGAUUAUCUACUGAAGAGUAUCCCUCUGAAUACGAAAGAGGGACUUUCUGGAUCGAGCCGAUGAUGUCUUACUUCAUCCAUAAAAACAAUAAGAAGAUUGAAGACAUUUACCAACCUCGAGUUUUUUUAUGGAUUCCUCAUCUUUUGAUUGACGAAAAGCUUGCAGGUCUUUGCUGCCCUACUUGUGAUUCAAAGAUCGAAACAAAAGGAUACAACAAGCUACCUCACGCUAGAAGAAUUGCUGAUCUCCAAAGCUGCUUUUAUCUUAUGUCAAUAAGAUACCGAUGUCUUUCUCCCAGAUGUGGAAAAACCUUCAAUGGUCAUAGCGAUUCGAUUAUAAGCCAACUUCCCUAUGAACUUCAGAUGGAAUUUCCUGCUGUGUUAACCCACAAAGGAGGUGUGUCUAAGACUGUUGGAGAUCUACUGAGACCAUGUAUACAGAACUCUGUUGGACCUAAGAGAUUUCAAAAAAUUCUUCUUGAACUGCACCAUAUUCGUCAUAAUCGCCUUGAACUUCAGUAUUUAAUUUCGACUUUCAGAAAAAGAAAUGGUGUUGCUAGAUACUUCUCUCGAUCUUUGCCAUGUGCACACAACCUGCAUAUUGAUUCUGGUUCUCAAAUGAAGAAAACAAUUCAGGGGAAGAUUGAAGAUACGAGUGUUUUUACUGGUUUAUACACGGUAACAAAUGAAUACGAAGAGAUAGUACAACAAGUCCUAGCUCCAUCAAAGGCAUUGUCUUAUCUUCGUUAUUCUUUUCAAAAGAUGCGCGAGGCGUAUAGUCUUUACGGACAUGAAAUGCCUAUUGUAUUCUUUACUGAUAAUGUGAAAGGCGACAAGAGUUUCUUGGAAAGCAUUUUUGAUUCACUCAAGGAAAAAGUUCAACUUAGAUCAAAUAUGGAAAUAUUGAGCACCGAUGAAAACCAAGACUCUUUGAAUCUUCCCCAGGACGUUGAAGUUGUAUACGUUGUCCGUAAUUUAAAUGAAAUCGAUCGACAUGUUAAAGACUUGCUUGAAUGUAUAAAAAAUGAAUCUGACAAAGCGACCGGAUUCGACUGCAAGUGGAUGCCGUUUUCCUCAGAUAGCAAGGUGGAUGUGAUGCAAAUUGCAUACAAAAACAAGGUUGGAGGUGACCUUGGUAGAAUUAAUACGGAGUACCGAAUGACCUGUCGGGGUGCUCUAGAGUUAGGAUCUUUCUGUUCUUCAAGAAAAUGUAUUCCUAGUGGUCAGAUGUCUCUUGCUGAAAUUUCUUUUCGAAUUCUUGGACCGAAAAUCCUUAAAGAUGAGCGAUUGUCCGAAUGGAGUACGUCUGAAUUGUCAUCGGAGCAGAUCCAGUACGCCGCCAUUGAUGCCUGGGCAAGUCUAGAAAUUUAUAACAAGGUAAAGAACUUGUCUGAAAUUGACUCGGACAUUGUUAACAUCAACGUUAUCCGCGUACAAGUUCCUGCAUUUUUUCCUGGGCAAGAAAUUGGUCCAACAAAUGGCCCAUCUUUAGAUUCUUUUGGUCCAACACCAUUUAACUUGGUAGUUUUAAAGAUAGAUCUCGUAACAGAAACCGAGGCCAAAGUUCUUGCUACUGAUACAGUAACAAGUUUAUCUAAUGGAGAAAUUGGAUUAGAAUCAGUUCGUCAGAAUGCUGGCGAUAGAGUAAAAUCUGAAGCCAAUAGAGUCAACGAAUCUACCGAAGCUAAUGAAGCCAACGAAGCAUUUGGAGCCCUUUUCCCAGAAGACAAUUUGAGUAUGGUAGAUAACGAUAACUUUAUCUUUGGAUACAAGAUGUUUCUGAGUAUUGUGAAAAACCAAGGAGAUUCAGACUCGUCUAUUAUUUACACAAGAGUUGUUAAAGACAUAUUUCAUUUGAUGGACAUGAUCAAGCCUUACAAGAGACAUACCUUAUACAAAGAGUUCGUUCGAAGAUUCAGUGGAAGUCUUUUUAUCAUGGAUGAAGAAGACCAAGAUAUUGUCAAAAAGGCUUUAGAAACAAACGGCCUUUCUUGGGAUAACAAACUCAAAUACGAUAGAACUUGGAUACUAAAGCGUGUAAGAAGAAAAGUACCCUCGCCUGAUAAACUGCUUCCUACUCUCAUGUCUCUUUUCCUGUCAUUUGGCCUAUUAAAGUGUUCAAAAUCGGCUAGAACAUUAUCUGAUAAGCUGGCAUGGAAACAGGCCUUAAGUGUUUUGAAAACAGUAGAAUUAGGACAUGCAUCUGAUCCACCUGGAAUUCAGCUGUACUACAAGACUGUCCUAAAUCGGGAUCUUUAAAAAAAAAAAAUUUGUUGCUUGUGAGGGCCCUAAAGAUUGCU